AUGGCCCACCAGCAGCUCCCCAUGCUGUCGGAGUGGGACCCCGCCCUGGACCUCGAGGUCGAGGCGUUCCUCUCCGACAUCGGCUUCGGCUUCCUCGGACCUGACCCCACACCCACGUCGCCCACGACUCCGACGCCGCCGCUGCCCCUGGACGUGACGACGACGGCCACUGCUACGACUACCUCAGCCGCCGCCGCAGCCACGCCGCCGGAGGAGGACACGUCGGCGUCGGCGCCAUCGCUGUCCGCAGGAGUCGCCGACGACGCCGAGCUGGCGGAGCGUCGGCUCCGGCGCCGGAUCUCGAACCGCGAGUCGGCGCGGCGGUCCCGCGCCCGCAAGCAGCGGCAGCUGGAGGAGCUCCGGGGCCGCGCCGCCCGCCUCCGCGCCGGCAACCGCGACCUCGCCGCGCGGCUCCGCGGCGUGCAGGCCCGCGCCGCGCUGGUCCGCCUCACCAACGCCCGCCUGCGCGCCGAGGCCGGCGCCCUCGCCCGCCGCCUCGCCGCCGCCAGGCGCGCCCUCGCGCUGCGCCAGAUCUAUGCCGCGUCCGCGUCCGCGUCCGCGUCUGGUAGUGCCGGCGGCCCCGGCGCCGGCAGCGGUACCGGCGGCUUCUUCGAGCUGCAGGCGCUCGCCUCGCUGAUCGCGUAG